GGAUAAAAAAAAAAAAAAGAAACAAAAAGGAAGAGGUGAAAAAAUGCGCGGAGUAGUGAGCAGCAGAGUCGGCCGAGCUCUGUAUUCUGGGGCGGCGGCGGGGGGAACGGCAUCGGCGACUUCUGCUGCUGCUGUUUCUAGAAAUCCAUUAAAACACGCUGGCCAUGCUUGGUUAAUCGCAAGAACUCUCGCCUCUAUGUUUUGGACCACUCAAUCUCAUUCCUCCUACAAAGUUCACACUGGAGCAGGAGCUCUCCUCGCUUCGCCGUGGUCUAUUACUCAGCUCCGACACGCCAGAUUUUCCGGCGCGGAUGUGAGACCUGGGAAUGUCAUCGAGAGAAAAGGAAAGAUUUAUCAGGUAGUAAAGGCCCAGCAUACAACUCAAGGAAGAGGAGGAGCAAUAAUACAGGUGGAACUGCGUGAUGUUGAUAGUGGAAGUAAAGUAAAUGAAAGGUUCCGUACUGACGAGUCUAUUGAAAAAGUUUAUGUCGAAGAAAAAUCUUUCAGUUACCUUUAUAAUGAGGAUGACAUUGUUGUUCUUAUGGAGCCUGAGACAUAUGCACAAAUUAAUGUUCCAAAGCACUUGUUUGGUGAAUCUCUUCCAUACCUCCAGGAUGAUAUGAAAGUCAAGCUGCAACUUUACGAUGAGAAGCCGAUGUCUGUGUCAAUUCCUCCGAAAGUGACAUGUACUGUUGCUGAGGCACAAGUUCCAAUAAAGGGGUCUACAGCAACUCCUCAGUAUAAGAAGGUUAAGCUGGACAAUGGUCUCACGGUUCAGGUACCAUCUUACGUGUUAGCUGGCGAGAAGAUAAUUAUCAGUACUGCCGAUAAUUCUUUCAUAAGCAGGGCUUAAUCUGGGCCCUUUUGAAUGCUCUGGAGUUAUCGUUCCGGAUGUACCUUUUCUGCAGACACUCAUUAUAUAGGAUUAGUCCAAAUUUUGUCACUAUAGGUUAUGAAUGGGUUGAUGAGAAACAAGUGUUCAUUUCGGGGUUACUGCAUAUGCAAUAUUUCUUUUCAGUGAGAAUGUUUUACAUUUUGCAUAUUUAUGAGAAUCCCACAUUUUGCAUA